CACCAGAGCUGCACACUGCGGAGAAUCUGCAAAUCCUCACCACAAUUUGAAUUCAUUUCAUCUUAAAAACCUCCAGAGUUUUUCUUCACUUUUACCUCUGAAGAAUCACUGUUUCUUUGGGAGACGGAUAUAAAUUUUAGAGUUGGGAUGUUCAGCAAAUUGUUUGGGAGUCAAACGCAUACCAGGACGUCUCCUGGAAAGCUGAGCCGUAAACUGCUGCAUGUUAAUCUUGGCUAUGGGGACACAUUUGAACAACUCGGAUGUAUUCGUCAACGCAUCUCUGUCAUUUUCCGAGACCCUUGAAUCUUCUCAGGACUCCUUAAUAAUGUUUCUCCUAGGUUCAGUGCUUAUUACAAUGUUUCUAGUAGGUAUUGCUGGAAACGUGUAUACCCUGGUGAUAAUGAACAUUGCGAUACGAGUAACAGGUACUAUGUAUAUCUACAUCGUGAACUUGGCUUUGGCUGACCUGCUGUACCUGUGCACUAUUCCGUUUGUGGUGUGCACCUACUUUGUCAAGGACUGGUACUUCGGUGACAUUGGCUGCCGUGUGCUCUUUAGCCUUGACUUCCUCACAAUGCACGCCAGCAUCUUUAUUUUGACCGUGAUGAGCACCGAGCGCUAUGUGGCCGUCCUCAAACCGCUGGACACCUUCACCCGUUCAAGGCAUUACAGGAGAGCCGUCACCUGCAUCGUCUGGGUCAUCUCGUUCGCUCUUUCACUCCCCACCAUGAUCAUGAUCGAGCUGAGGACGAGCAUCCGGGAUGGGGUCGAGAAGCAUAUAUGCCAUCCCACCUGGCAGAUGCCUGCUUACAAAGCCUACCUGACCGUCCUCUUUAACACAUGUAUCUUAGCUCCUGGAUGUGUCAUUGGCUACCUCUAUCUCAAGUUAGCAAAGACUUACUGGACGUCACAAACUGACCUGUUGUCUUCCUCCAAAGCAACGAGCGGGACUAAAUGCCUUAAACAGAAAGUCCUAUACAUGAUUUUUGGAAUAGUUCUUACAUAUUGGGCAUGUUUUGUACCUUUUUGGAUAUGGCAACUGCUCAGUGUUUAUUACUUUGAACAUGGGACACUCUCUCAUAACACAAUGGUGUGUGUGAACUUCAUCGUGACGUGUCUGGCAUACAGCAACAGCUGCAUCAACCCUUUCCUGUACACGCUGCUGACCAGGAACUACCAGGAGUAUGUGCGAGACAGGCAGAAGAGUGGUACUGUGUUUAAAAGGAGAUUCCAUCGCUCAUCUCAAAGAUCUGUGUCAUCUGGAAGUCACCAGUUUACACUUUAAGCAUUUUGGGAUUCUGGGGGCCAAAUGUGUAAGAUUUUUAAUGUGCUGCUCUUAUGCAAAAGAACCUUAUUCAUAUCAGUGGCGACAUUUCGAUUUUCAGAAAAACAGAGAUGACAUUUUUGAACGGAAAUUUAAAAUAGCAACAAAAAAAUCCCUUUUCUGGAUCAACCACAUGAAAUAAUAAGAGUAUUCUGUAGAAAUAAAAGUUUAGGUGUGAUAUUGAUGAGAUUAAAAAGAAAAUCAAAACAAUUUCUUUUCUGGAAUGAUAUUUAUAAGUGCAAUCAGAAAAAUAGGUUGCUUUGCUUUUAGAACUUGCCUGGGAAUACACAACAUAAACGUAUACUAAAAUGAAUGUGAAUGAAUGAACAUUAAUGUGUACUGGUGAAGUCGUGUUUUUGGGAACUUCACUGCAAAAUAUGGCAUUUUUACAAAUAUAAAUAUCAAGUAUAUAGGCGGAUUAAUCCACUAUUUCCUAUUAUAAUAUUAUAACAAACUAAAUAUACUAAAUCCUAUUAUUAAAACUUUGUCAUUUGUACUCAUAUCAAAGGUGAAAAGGGACAUGUUCUACUGCAAGAUAUAUGUAGAAAUACAAGCUGAAAUGAAUAAUAAUGAGUCCAGAAUUAGGUUGAAUAAAUUUAUAUUAAAUUCGAGUAUUUUCUAGAUAUUUUACUUGCUAAGAUCACUUUUUGUGCUUCUUUACAUGCUUUCAUUCUACCCAAAAUGACAAAUUAUUAAAUAUGCCUACUUUUUUGUUGAUUUUAGAGGAUUUAAAGCCUCUAAUAAGCCUUCAAUUGACUGCGGUUCUUGUGACAAUAACAAUGUCAAAUCUGUAUACUACUGUCACACAACCUCCAGAUAUACAAAUUACCAUAAUGGCCUUAUAUUUUCAUUACCUGCAGCUUGUGUAAGAGUUGUGAACAGAAAAUAUAGUUUUGUUCAAAAUAACAAAAAAAAAAAAUCCAAGAUGGUAAAGGAUUUUUUUCUUUUUUUUUUUUCUUUUUUAUAAAAGAUUCUCAAAUAAGAUGCAAUAAUUUUUUUUUCACAAAGAAGGGGGCAAUUGUUUGACAGGUUAUAGUCAACUGUACUGAAAGAACAGAGAGAGUUAUAGAAGCACCACAUACUUCAACACACUUCAACAUCACUAUUUAGAUUAGAUUAGAUUAGAUUAGAUUAGAUUAGAUUAGAUUAGAUUAGAUUCAACUUUAUUGUCAUUAAACAUGUACAAGUACAAGGCAACGAAAUGCAGUUUAGGUCUAAUCAGAAGUGCAAAAGCAGCAAGUGCAGGAUAUACAGUGUUUACAUGAGUUACAUAAAUGUAUUUAAAUAAAAUAAAAUUUUGAGCUAUUAAAGGACUUAAUUUAUAAAAAAAUUAUAUUAAAAAUAACUAAAGUAUUCUAUAAAUAAACUAAUAAAAACAUAUAUUAAUAGUAACAUCAAUCACAAUUUGUUACUACAGAGGAUUAAAAAAUACACCACUUCACUUCUCUAUAAAAAAAACUUGUUAAUUUAUAAAACAAUGUGUUGGUUAUUAAAGCAGACUGGGAAAAAACUUGUACAUUUUUAAAAUAUAUAUUUAUAUAUCUAAUUAGUGAGCUGUGGUGUCGGUGGUUUUGAUGUUUCAUGUGAUAAUGGGUUUAGCAUGUUUCUUUUUUUUUCUUUUUUUUAUAGCGCUGUUACAAUAAUGUGCUUUUAAAAUGUUUAAUAUUUCCUCGUGUUCUUUACCACACACAUGUUUAUUGCAGUUUGUUCUGUAUGUAUGAACACAAACCUUUCAAGACUUCAGAAUAAAAUCCGAGGAUAUAUGGCUGUAACUUUAAUGUUGUCAAAUACAUUUAGUUUUUUUCUUAAAUCCUUUUCCGUAUCUAAGACAUUCAGUGUUGCGUAAAGAAAAUAUGAAGUAAUAUAUAUAUAUAAAAAUCGUUUUAAAGCUGUUUCAUCUUCUUGACUAAUGUACUGUACAUUGUUUAAGAAGUGCUGUAAUGCUUUUUAAGUAUAAAAAAGAAG